UCCUGGUUUCCCUGUCCUUUGUGUACUUCGCCAAGACCUUUGUGGGAAGCUACAUGAAGAGUUCUAUCACUCAGAUAGAGAGACGCUUUGACAUCCCCAGCUCACUCAUAGGAAUCAUCGAUGGCAGCUUUGAGAUGGGUAACCUGCUGGUGAUAGCAUUUGUGAGUUACUUUGGGGCGAAGCUCCACAGGCCCAGACUGAUAGGGAUUGUCUGUCUCAUCUUGGCUGCUGGGGCCUUCCUCACCGCUCUGCCACACUUCUUCCAGGGACAAAGUGGUAUGUAUGAAACAACCCUGUCACAUAUACCUGAGGAAAACACUACAGAGAGUAUUCUGCCUUGUCUGUCCAACACGAGUCAUCUGGUCAUAAAUGAUCAGGCUACAGCUGCGAGUAAAGCAGUGUGUGAGGAGGCAGGCUCGUCCAUGUGGAUCUAUGUAUUCCUGGGUAACAUGCUGUGUGGGAUUGGUGAGACGCCUGUCAUGCCUUUAGGAGUGUCCUACCUGGAUGACUACGCCAGAAAGGAGAACACUGCCAUCUACCUUGCGUGUUUACAGACUGUUGGCAACCUGAGGCCCGUAUUUGGCUUCCUGUUUGGAUCCUUCUGUGCCAAGAUCUAUGUGGACAUUGGCUCUGUGGAUUUAGGUCACAGACCCCUGAAUUUUCCAGAUUUUGGGCCGUCUUUGAAAAGGCUGUUCAGCAACAAAGUCUACCUGCUGAUCAUCCUGAUGUCCCUGGUGGCAGUCAACAGCUUCAUAGGGAUGAUCACCUUCAAACCCAAGUUCAUGGAGCAAGUCUACGGUCAUUCUCCCUCCAAGGCAAUCUUCUUUAUAGGAGUUCCAGAACUGCACAUGUAUGGGGUUGCCGAAGUGGGGGCUGGUGGCUCCACCAACCAACAUGUCAGCCAUCUUGGGCCAGUGCCCCAGGAAGAGUGACUGUGACAGGAUGUUUAAGUUCUACAUGGCUGUCUCUGUCCUGGGGGCCUGCGGGGUCACAUCUGGAUACAUCGUCCUACUCAGAUCGAUACACCCCAAUUUAAAAUCACUGGCUCUUGGAAUGCAAACAUUGAUAGUCAGAACUCUGGGUAAGUAAGAGAAGUUUGGAAGGUAAGUAAGAGAAGUUUGGAAGGUAAGUAAGAGAAGUUUGGAAGGUAAGUAAGAGA